AGACGACCAUUCACCUCGUCCUACACCGUCACCUCACCUUUCGGCAGGAGUAAGAGGCUCGACUCUACUAGAACGAUGGACACCGAUAUGAACAUGGAUUCUGACACCACCACCAACAUGGAACUGCCUCAAGCGGAUGUACAAUCACCACAACCAGGAGAAAUACUCUUCGAGGAACCUUCUGCUCAAGAUGAUCCUCCAGAUGCACCGCCCGUUACAGGUACUGCGUUUAGACAUUUAUUUCGACCGACAGGGAUCUUUAUACAUGGAAAUGUGCAUUAUUCAGACGCGCUACAAUCAGCACUCUUACAGCAAGCACGAGAACCUCCUCGAGACAUAACUGUAAAAGUACACAUACGAAGGCCAGAAAGGGAUAACUGGGCUUAUCUUGGUCGGGCUAUCGUAACCCAGGAAGUUGUUGGAGGAAAAUCAAAUAGAAUCGUCGUCAGGUCUAUGAACUCGCACAAGAUUCUGGCUACCUUUGGAGAGGGCACAGCGCUCCAAGCGGAGAAACGAGGCAACUUCGUUGUCGUAGGUUGUGUUGAGGGAACCCGUGUAGUUUCAUGGUCAUUGAAUGCUUUGAAUAACUCCGAGACACUCCGUCUCCUUGCGCUCAUUGAGCUUUGCUGCACUUCAUGCAAGCAUUUCAAUACCGAUCCCCAUAUACAGAACAUGUAUCGCCGUCGUGUCGCGCGAGCUAUUAAAGAUGACCGCCGUAAGCGUCACAAACGCCGAAAGGACCAGGAGGCCAUGAUCUCAGCCUUUGCGAGAACAGCUCUUGUCGACGAGCCAAUGCAAGCAUUGGAUGUUUAACGAGCGCGGAUCCCCGGUCGGUGUAAUCAAGUUGUAGCCUUCUGGUGCAAUACCUGUGUCCAUGAUUUCCAUUCGCGAUGCUCCCAAAGUUGUAUUUGUAUGCCAUCAUCCUGUGUUUCAUCUUCGCAAUCUCGCAUUCUUCAGGCGUACAGACGAGUCCUCAUCACGGUCGGACGUUCCAGUUCCUUUGGUCACCCAUCCCCAUAAUCCUCUCCUCUGUUCACGCUCGAUCCUACAUUUGACUCGUCAUAAUCAUUGCUCUGCUCUCUAGUACGUUCUGUAUCCUCCUUCCUGCGGAAGACCAUCAUGAAGCUCUGUUUUGUUAUUCAUAUUCAUCAAUUCCUUACCAGGUCAGAGAUCCCUUAGACACCUGAAAAAUACAUGUACAAGAAAGAAGAAUCUCUUGUAUUUGCCAAGUCAAUGGCAUUGUUUCGUUAUGGCGGCUGCGCUAAUCGAAUGUUCAAGCGCGAAUGAAGGGUAAAAAGGGUAGUAAGAAGUUCGUGACGAGAAAAAAAAUCACAACAUUGGGAGAAAGCACAACAAUCCCACAGCACCCAGUGAUAAGGCGAAACGUAUGCAAAGCAUCCUUCAAAACAACCGAUUGAAUGAGGGUACGCAGAGAAGGGGAAAAGGUAUCAGAAAAUGAAGCAGACCAAGGGGUCUAUGGCGAAUAGUUAUAAAAUAGAUCAGUGCACUGUUGUAAUAAAUUGUCCAGGAUAAAUAAUGACAGCAGCG